UGAGCUAGUCAUUGGUCUGAGUGGAGGGGCGGGACUCCGUACCCGCGCUGGGGCCCCAGCUCCGCGCGGCCUGGUCACACUCAGGGGCAGUCUUUGCUCCACCUCCCCCUGUGUUUUCCGGGGGCCUGCGUAGGCCCGGCGCCCGUCCAUGGAAGGCGGAAACGGCUGCGGGGUCCGGCUCCUCGCGAAGGGGUCUAAUCCUCGCGGCCAUGUCCCGGGUCUUCGAGCUGCAGCCGCAGGACGGCGGCCCCCGGGUGGCCCUGGCGCCGGGGGAGACGGUGGUCGGCCGCGGGCCGCUGCUGGGAAUAACAGAUAAGAGAGUGUCCAGAAGACAUGCCAUUCUUGAAGUGGUGGGUGGUCAGCUUCGAAUCAAACCGAUACAUACAAAUCCGUGCUUUUAUCAGUCUUCUGAGAAGAGCCAGCUCUUACCAUUGAAGACAAAUCUAUGGCACUGGUUGAAUCCUGGAGAUAGUUUCUCUUUAUUAGUUGACAAAUACAUUUUUCGUGUUUUGUCUACACAUUCUGAAACGGAAGUGGAAUGUACUUUAAGAAACAGUCAAAUACAUGAUGAAGAUGAUAUAUUGAGUGAAACGCCAAAAUCUUCCUCGAUUGAUUUGCCUGAUGAGACACCUGAUGCCCCACAGCUGGAAAGAAGCACAGAAAUAGGAAAGACCCAGACCGCUGCAAAUAGUGUGUCUUUCCUAGAUGAAAGUAGAGACUUGAGUAAGCAACAGCCAAACGCUUCCCAGAGGAAAAGAAUCCUUCCAGCGUGGAUGUUAACAGAAAAUCUAAGUGAUCAGAACCUUUCAGUACCAGUCAUCAGUGGAGAUAAUAAUGUAAUCCAAGAAAGUGGAAAAGAAGGAAUCUGCAAAGACAAAACCCAAGUAAACAUCACACAGCAAGGAAGAAAGCGAUUAAUUUCAUCAGGAAGUACAGAAAGUAUAUCAGCAGAGCAAGACACAGGAAAAAAGUGCAAAAAUGCUGACCAGGAAGAGUCUAUCAUUUCAUCCAAGGAAAUGUCACAGUCAUUUUCUGCAAUCACGUUAGAUAACACAGAGGUAAAUAACAUGAAGACUAAUGCACAGAGAAAUGAAAUCCCAGUAGAGGAACUUGGUAAGGUUCCUGAACAUAAAAUCACCACUAAGGGAACACCAAAUAAAGACAGCAAGGCGAGGAGUUGUUCUGAGAGUUGUUUGAGUGCCCAAGGCAAGUCCUUCCAUGACGAGCCUGAAAGAUCUCAUCCUGAGUCUGGCUCUGAUCCCUCCAAUCCUGAAACUUUGCAUGCAAAGGCAGCUGAUUCAGUUCCACAGGGUUCUGAAGAAAACAAGGUCAAGAGGACAUCCUGCAUGUAUGGGGCAAACUGCUACAGGAAGAAUCCUGUCCAUUUUCAACACUUCAGUCACCCUGGUGAUAGUGAUUAUGGAGGUGUACACAUCACGUGUCAAGGUGAGGCUGAUGACCGGCCCGAAUGUCCCUAUGGAGCAUCUUGUUAUAGGAAGAAUCCCCAGCACAAGAUAGAAUAUAGACAUAGUACAUUUCCAGUGAGAAACAUUUCAGAUGAAGAUGACAGUGUUGGCCAACCCAGUGAGUACAACCUGCAUGACAGCAUUACAGAUGAUGAGGGAGAAGAAUAUGAGCCAACAGAUGAAGAUUCCGACUGGGAACCAGGACAGGAAGACCUAGAAAAGGAAGAUGUGGAAGGGCUUUUGAAAGAAGCGAAAAAGUUCAUGAAAAGAAAAAAGUAACUCUCCUCUGCAGUAAUAUAUGGCUCAUAUUUACCAUUUCUUUGUGGAAAAAUAAUUCAGGAACCACGGAAGCACUUAAGUGAUAAUUGUUUUCCUUCUUUUUAUAGUUAUGACUUUACUAUUGACUCUUUACAAGUGAAACACUGAAAUGUCAACCUUCAGUGUAGUGGAUGGAAUUUGUUUUGUUGGUUUGCUUUUUCUAUCCUAUUUAAAGCAUCUGGAAAUAAUAAGCAGACAGAGAGUUAAAAAGAAAUAAUUUGAUAUUUUUCAUGUACUUCGUGUGUUUAUAAUAAAACUAAAAGCCAUAGGUGGCACAAAACAUUGGUCUCUUUUCUUUUUUCCAAAGAUGCUGUCUUUAUAUAGAAUACUUACUCCAGUAUAAGCAGGCAGAUUGCAUAAUUAGUGGGAAAGCAUGCUUCUUUCAUUCCUAUUAAAAGUAAUUCUUCGAGCAGAACCAGGCUUUAAAAAAUAACAGCCAUCAUCUAAUGGCUGUUAUUUUUUCUAGAACCCUAGAUGUGAGCUUUGCAAUUUCAUUUACCACUUUUAUUCUUUGAAACAGGGAAAUCAGUACCAAAUGGAUACUGCAAAUAGAUUCAACUAGACUGUAGAAGAGAAAUGUCCACCAUGUCGGGGAUGUUAUUUUGCGUCCCAACUCUGUAAUUUACUGUAUGUCUGAGUUUAAAAGUAUUUAGGAAAACUCAAAGAAUUUGACCAUUUCUUUUACAAACUGAAGUCCUGCCUGAUUAUUUUAGCUCUCAAUGUGCUGUCCUUAUAUUAAGAAUAAAGACAGUAUUUUUAACCAUAAUUUUCUCAAACGAUAUUAGUUCUUUUAUCCUCAGAUGAAAGUAGCAAGUUGUCUGCCAGCAUUCAAGAUGCUGGCCUUUUAUUUCAAGAAGAAACUCCUUCUUCU